GCCAAGAUGAAAUUCCCUUUACUUCUGGCUCUUCUAAUCGGGGGAGCAUCAGCUCUUCAUCUGAGCUCUGAAAUGUCUGACUCCAAAAGCCCACUACUGGAUGAGAACUUGCUUCAGGAGGCAGAGAUAUCAAGACAGGAAGUAGAAGAAUGUCCUCCUGAGGAAGAGCUGAUGCCACUGGAGGAAGAGGAGGAAGAAGAAGGUUCUGGAAGUGAAGGUGGUCCUGGGGAUGAGGGUGCUGUCUCAGGUCAGGAUAUAACAAAUGUGGACAUUCAGUGCCCCAAGGAAGAAGACACCACGAGUCUGGUGGCUGACUCUGGAUGCAAGACCUGUCGCUACCUCCUAGUUAGGAGGGCUGAAUGCUUUCCCAAAGCUCAGUUAGUUUGCCGGAGAUGCUACCGGGGCACCCUCGCCUCCAUCCACAGUUUCAGUGUUAACUUUCAAAUCCAGUCCUCUCUCAGGGGAAUCAACCAGGGUCAAGUCUGGAUUGGAGGCAGGAUCGUGGGCUGGGGUCGCUGCAAACGCUUUCAAUGGAUUGAUGGAAGCUCUUGGAAUUUUGCAUACUGGGCUGCUGGGCAGCCUCGCUGUGGUGGUGGCAGAUGUGUGACCCUGUGUACCCAAGGAGGCCACUGGCGUCGAGGCCACUGUGGCAAGAGCCGUCCCUUCAUCUGUUCGUAUUGAGCUGGUCCCAGCUGGGAGUUCAAAUUCAUCUUUCCCUGGUAACUGCCGCUUUUUUCCUGCCAGAUGUCCCCCUUCUUUUGACUCCCUAAAAUAAAGCUGCUUUACUUAAACAG